GAUCCGUAGUGGGCGAAGUAACGGUGGCAGCAGCCAUUUUCUUUUGCCCCCGAGCACGUUUCUCCGCUUUUCCCGGCGCCGCACCUUCCGAGAAAUUUAUAUAUGUACAUGUAAAGAGAGCUUUUGGAGAGCAACGCUGAAGAAGGCCGCACAUCGACACCGAUUCCCGCAUAUUGGCUGUUCUGGUGUUUUUAGCUGUCUUUUGCCAACCCCAUUAAGCGCACACCCGCCGCUACGCGCAGAUCCGUGCGUAUGUGUGUGUGUGUGUGUGUGUGUGUGUGUAUCGUCGACGUCGUUCUGUUCUCUUUAGGAUAUCUUUCUUUCCUUUAAUCAUUCGUAGAUAGCUGGACGCAGGGUCAUCCACUGCCUCGACAUCAUUACACCCCUUUAGCUCCUUUUUCUUUAUCUUCUGUUUUUAUCGCGGUAGUUCUCUCUAGCAGCGCGUCUCACGCACUCGGUUCAUCCCUUUGGCGUGCGUAAGAGCAGUACACGUGGUUGCCCCCUUAGUCCACCGGCAAAUCCCGCCUACGCGCCAUUUCUUCUCUUUUCCUCUCUGGUGAGCACCCGUCGUGGGGGCUAACGAACUUGCGGAAGCAACAACAGAAAAGAAUACAUAAGAGUCAUAAAUUGAAAGCACUUAGAUGAUGCACCGCACCUUCCUCCGUCGCGCCGCCGCUGCGGCACCCGACGUGAGUGCGCUGAAGUUUGACGUUAUCGUCGUGGGCAGCGGCGCGGCCGGCUCGCUCAUCGCGGGACGCCUGGGCAUGGAGAACCUAAAGACGCUCGUGAUUGAAGAAGGCGAGGACAUCCGCCGGUACCCGGACUGGUACCACACGCUGCCCGCCAGUCAACUGGCCCACCGCGUGACGCGGCGCGGCUUCGAGUCGAAGGAGACCGUGACGGUGCCGCAGCAGCAGCCGGACGGCAGCGGGAGGGCGAUGGUGUGGGUCCCCACGCCGAGUGUGCUGGGCGGACACGGCGUGAUGGGCAGCCGCACCUGGAACCUUGGUGAUGAGCGGGACUGGGAGGGCGGCCCGUGGAGCUUCCGCGAGGACCUGCUGCCGCGGGUGCGCGCCUUCGAGAACAUGGAGAUCUUUGUCUCACACCGUGGGAAGCGUGGAAAGUUUCUCAUCUGCAAGCCAGUGAACUUCUCGCCCUACUUCAAGCCGUUUUGCGAGGCCGCCUCGCAGGACGUGCCGCUGAUGAGCGAGUUCACGCGCAAGGAGUUCCGCAUCGCCUGCGGCUGCGGCCGGCCGGACACGUUUGUGGAUCAAACCGCCGGUCUGGCGAACUCCUCGCUGCAGCGCUACCUCCUCGGCACGAUGAAGCUGAGCCGGCCGGUUCGUGUGGAGUGCGGCGCGAAGGUGGUCGGCAUCCGCAGCGCUGACGGCGACAAGAGCACCGCCGCCGGCGUGACGAUACGCCGUCCUGAUGGGCAGAUGAUGGACGUGGCGAGCACGAUGGUGAUAGUGUGUGCCGGCAACGUCGGCAGUGCCCGCCUGCUGUGUGCCUCGCGCGGCACCGUCGACGUCGACGCGUCGGUGGGGCAGAACUUCUGGGACAUCCCGCAGGUGGUGCUGCAGUACAAGACGAAAAACCGCGAUAGCCACAACUGCUACUUCGACCCGAUGGUGCGAGCCGUGCUGCGUGCGGAGCUGCGCUACAGCACGCCGCCGCUCAGCCUGCGCUCGAGCUGGGAUGACCUGGUGCUGUACUGGUCCUCGACGGGGUCGACGGAGCCGGACGUGGAGAUUCAAUUUCAGCCCUUCACCCUCUCGAAUGAUGGCACGCAGCCGCUGCCCGAGGCGCACGGGUGCCAGUUCAUCGUCCGGCCGAUCCGCCCGCGCAGUCGCGGUCAGGUGAACGCCGACGGCUCGUUGGAUCCGAAGUACUUCGCCGAGCCGGCCGAUCUCGCGGCGCUGCGGAAGGGCGUCGCCUACGUGCAGGAGAACCUUGUCAAGAAGGUGCCGUUCAUUCCGAUCAUUGGCGAUCUAGUGCAGACUCGCUUCGAGUCCUCUGGCGUGAACGGCGGCACGUGCGCGCGUGCGAUCGACCCCGAGACGUGCCGGCUGAAGGAUCUAAAGAACGUGUACGUGUGCGACCACAGCAUUCUACCGAACCCUCUCACCGGUAGCACGCUACCCUACACGCUGGUGCUGGCCGACCGCUUCGUGGAUAAGCUGCUGAAGAAGCGCGAUGUGAAGGCGAAGGUGGAGGAGGACCCGGACGUCGGUGCGACACGCAUUGUGUAUUGA